AUGGCUGCCGCUGCAGACCGGAGGGUGCUGGCGCUGGCGUCUGAGAUAACGGAGAGCAGUGCCCGGGAUGUCCCGGUUUUGUUGCUGAAGCUGAAAGAGUUUUUAAGCCUCGUGCCCCUCGGGAGUGGAGAACAGAAGAAGCUGAAGGAGGAUCUGUAUAACUACGGCCUUAUUCAGUACUGCGUCCUGGUUCUGAAACAAGACUAUAGCCGCGUUCCUGGCAGCUGGGCGACCGCCGCAAGUAUAUCUGAUAUACUCAGCGGGUGCUGCGUGGGACUCGAUCCCAACGGUGACGCCGAAGAGUUCUACAAAAAGCUCCUGCCGUCUGCUGUCCAGAACAUGCUGGUUUUGGGAAGAAGGAUUCAAGCUCGUUUUGUCCGGUCGGUAAAGGACAAGGAGAAAGGAGAAUUAUUGCGCAGUUUUCGGCUGGUGAUGGAUUCCCUGUGCCGGCUCUUCAGACACCACACGCUACUGACCAGUACCGUUUUGCAGCAGGAGCAUUUUCUGCAGUUGCUGAUGACCGAUGAUGUAGAAACCGGAAGCGAUGUGAUGUCAGUGCUGCAGAGCAUCAUGCAAGUUAACAGUGCGGUACUGAGCAGAGUACCAGAGGAUGCGCUGCACUCUAUUUUGGAUGAACUUGUCUACAAGCUUUCAGCAUCAUCUAACCCGGUCACCGGACACGCUGCCACCAGAUCGCUGCUCCGAAUGCUAGAAGCUAAGCCUGACGUUAAGUGGAUGAUGGCGGCACGAUAUAAAGGUCUUCGGUCGCUGUUGAGCAGGCAGUGGACCGGGAAAGGUUUUGGCCGAGAGCUAAGUCGUCUCCUGGAUAUUUUGUGCUCUGGCUCCUACCAGCAAGGAGAAAUGCAGAGACUACACCAAGCAGCCCGUAGCAUUCAGGCCGUGUGGAGGGGAUUUCAAACCAGGAGGAGGGUGAGGAAGCUCCCAGUCGCUGUGACAACUUUACAAAGGAGUUUUAGAGCUAAAAAAGAACAAGAGCUGCUUUCCCUAAAGAGAAAGAAGGAGGAAGAGGAUCUCAAGCAGCAGCUGCAGCUCCAGAGAGUGAGAGCGAUGAGGAUGUUCCGUGAGAAGCAGCUGAGUCUGCUGGAAAUAGUCAGUGCAGGGCAAAUGGAUAAACACAUUCAGGGGACGCAGGAGACGUCUGCGCUACUGAUUCAGAAGCACUGGAGGGGACAUAGAGAGAGAAAGCGCUUCCAGCAGCAGAAGGCGCUUCUCAAACAGUACAAGGCGGCUGUCACCAUCCAGAGAGCAGCGCUGAGGUUCUUAGAAAAGCGCAGAAAAAUCCGUGAUUCUUUAUUACCCUGGAAACAAAUGCGGGAACUAACUGACGAGCAGCGGCUUCGUUUCCAGCAGAAAAUCGACACUUAUGUCCAGCUGCACCCAGCCCAGCAGAGGGCAGCAGAGCAGAGCCAGGAGCUGCACUUACAGGCUCAGGAGAAGUUGGGUCAGCGCCUGCUGAGAUGGAAACUGGAACAGGAUGGAAACCAGCGCAGAGAGGCCAUGCUGGCCCAGAUCAACACCCACAUCAGCCUGCUGACAGGUGCCCCAAGUCUGAGAGAGUCCUCGGCAACGGAUGUGGACGUCUUCACCAGCCGAUCGGUCCCUGUGGCUCUGAAAGCCCGAGAGGCUCACAGCACGAUGCUGAGACGCAGCCGGUGGCCCUGGUGGAGGAAGCUUGGUGAGGAAUUUACAGAAGAAGGGGACGAUCUCCUAAAUGCGAUCCCAGAUAUGGAGCUCGGGACGUUAUUCAUCGCCGGCACAAACACCGCUGAGGAUCCGUGACUGGAUUCCCUGAGCCCCCGUGUCUCCGGAUACAUACGUGGUGAAGAGAUGCAGAUGUGCCGUAUGGUUCAUACGUGUAAACGGACUUAUAUGUUUUUCUAUGAAAUAUUUGUUAUUGAUUUUUGUUUAAUUUGUUAUUAAAUCUAAAAUUUUGCAUAAAA